UUUUUGAUGUGGUAUGGAAAUGGUACUACUGUGUCAUACCAGCCUUUGCUUUUCCCAUCCUAUUUCACCCCACAGGAUGUGCUAGUUGUGGGCCAGCCCCACCUACCCUGACAAGUGACCAUGGAUCCAGGAGCUGGCCCAGAGUCAUCUUUGACUAUCAAUGAGCAGGUCAUCGUGAUGUCAGGCCAUGAGACCAUCCGCGUGCUCGAAGUUGGAGUGGAUGCCCAGGUCCCUGCUGAGGAAGAAGGCAAAGGACUGGAGGGUAUGGCUGCCGAGGGCUCCCAGAGCAGAGGUCCUGCUGAAGCCAGUGAACCUGCUGGUGAAACUGGACCAGACAACCCAGACUCCUCUGCAGAGGCGACUGUGAAGUCACCCCCGGGGAUCCCUUCGAGCCCUGCCCCAGCUGUCGCCACCUUCAGCCAAGCCCCAAGCCAGCCUCAGGCAUCACAGACCCUGACGCCCCUGGCCGUUCAAGCUGCCCCCCAGGUCUUGACUCAGGAAAACUUAGCCACAGUUCUGACAGGAGUUAUGGUUCCAGCAGGGGCAGUUACUCAACCUCUUCUUAUCCCCAUCAGUAUUGCAGGUCAAGUGGCUGGUCAGCAGGGGCUGGCCGUGUGGACAAUUCCUACAGCAACCGUGGCUGCCCUCCCAGGACUGACCGCUGCUUCUCCUACGGGGGGAAUUUUCAAGCCACCUUUAGCCAGUCUCCAAGCAGCGGCCGUGCUGAACACCGCUCUCCCGGCACCCAUACAAGCUGCCCCACCGGUACAGGCCUCCUCGCCCGCCCAGCCCCGGCCACCAGCUCAGCCCCAGACGCUGUUCCAGACCCCGCCGCUGCUGCAGACCACGCCUGCCAUCCUACCGCAGCCCACUGCUGCCGCCGCUACUGCCCCCACCCCCAAGCCCGUGGACACCCCCCCACAGAUCACCCUCCAGCCUGCAGGCUUCGCAUUUAGCCCAGGAAUCAUCAGUGCUGCUUCCCUCGGGGGACAGACCCAGAUCCUGGGCUCCCUCACUACAACUCCAGUCAUUGCCAACGCCAUUCCCAGCAUGCCAGGGAUCAGCAGUCAGAUCCUCACCAAUGCUCAGGGACAGGUAAUUGGAACACUUCCAUGGGUAGUGAACUCGGCUAGCGUGGCAGCAUCAGCACCAGCCCAAAGCCUGCAGGUCCAGGCUGUGACCCCUCAGCUACUGUUGAACGCCCAGGGCCAGGUGAUUGCAACCCUGGCCAGCAGCCCCCUGCCUCCACCUGUGGCUGUCCGGAAGCCAAGCACGCCUGAGUCCCCUGCUAAGAGUGAGGUGCAGCCCAUCCAGCCUACGCCAGCUGUGCCCCCGCCUGCUGUGGUCAUCGCCAGCCCAGCCCCAGUGGCCAAGCCAUCUGCCUCUGCUCCCAUCCCAAUUACCUGCUCAGAGACUCCCACUGUCAGCCAGUUGGUGUCCAAGCCACAUACCCCAAGUCUGGAUGAGGAUGGGAUCAACUUAGAAGAGAUCCGGGAGUUUGCCAAGAACUUUAAGAUCCGGCGGCUGUCCCUGGGCCUCACACAGACCCAGGUGGGUCAGGCUCUGACUGCUACAGAAGGCCCGGCCUACAGCCAGUCAGCCAUCUGCCGGUUUGAGAAGCUGGACAUCACACCUAAGAGUGCCCAGAAGUUGAAGCCAGUACUGGAGAAGUGGCUGAAUGAAGCCGAACUCCGGAACCAAGAAGGCCAACAGAACCUGAUGGAGUUUGUGGGAGGUGAGCCCUCCAAGAAACGCAAACGCCGCACCUCCUUUACUCCCCAGGCCAUAGUGGCUCUCAAUGCCUACUUCGAGAAGAACCCCUUGCCCACUGGCCAGGAAAUCACUGAGAUUGCUAAGGAGCUCAACUAUGACCGGGAGGUUGUGCGGGUCUGGUUCUGCAAUCGGCGCCAGACGCUCAAGAACACCAGCAAGCUGAACGUCUUUCAGAUCCCUUAGGGCUCAGCCCCCAGCCCUGUGUUCCAGCACUUUGUACUUGUCCCUUGGCACCCAGCUGCAGCCACAGCCGUGACAGCACCUGUCAUUCUGCUACAUGUGGCUCUGCUUGUCCUGGGUCUUGAGACCCCACUGUGUGCAUGCCCGUCAGCUGCCUGUGCUGUCCCCCACAUAUUGCACAUCGUGGGGAGGGCAUAGGGGCCCAGUAAGAGCACCAGGCUCUGGGCUGGUCAUGCCAAGGGAGGGGGUUUGUGGUGUCACUUAAAAAAGCACUUUGCUAACGUGGUUUUUGAAGGGUGAGUUUUGAAGGGUUGGGAACCAGAAACUCCCUGUCUUUGGGGCAGGCCUGCAGCAGCCCCUACGGACUGACCAUUAGCUCUUAUUUUCAACGGCUUCUCUUUCCACCUCUCUUUGCUCCUCUGUGCAAGCGUGGCAGGUACAGCAGCUCAUCCAGCAGAACCACAGCCUUGCCCUCUUUGCCUGCAGGCACACUAUCCCCUGAAAGGACCCAAGAGACACAAUUCUGAAAAGGGUGAUGUGCUGCUCAAAAUGUCAGACUCAGUGUCUACCUUGACCUCAAGGUCAGAAGGUAACUCAGCCCUGGGGCCGGAACGUGUCACCUCCUCCCCCACCUCUCCCAGGUUCCUUUUGAGGGAAAUUGCACUAAAGCAGAACCUUUUCUUGUGUAAUCCAUGUUGGAAGGAAGCAACACUGAACUCUAGCUGUCCUGGACUUGACCUGGGUCUGUGGCAGGUUGGGAACUUAGUAAAUGAGGCUAUUCUUCCAGACUUUAAUCUCUGCCCAUGACCCCCCCCCCCCCCCAACACUGUGGGUUAAGAGAAUUUACAGCCUGAAAAUCCCCUUCCCAAGU